UGCCCUAGGCGCGAGGAUUCAAUACGCCUCGUGAAAAUACUGGCAAAUCUAGUACAAUUUUUAUAACCUUUAAAUUUUGACAGCUUUAAGAUUGACGGUCUUCUGGUCCGUCGGAAUAUCGGAUUUUCGCGUCUGUUCUGUUUGUAGCGGGCAUCCAAUGUUAACCGGUAGAUUUGAAAAGACGUUCGUGUUUUUAAUAUAGUUGUUAUAGAUCUCGUUCUCCACAAGGCGAUUAACUGAAUUUAUCUGAUAAUGGAUUCCGAAUUUUUAAUUUGCCCAUACAAUCAAACACAUCGGGUUCUUCGAUUCCGUAUGCCCGCUCACCUUAUAAAAUGUAAAAAGUACUACCAAGGCGAACCUCUACAAACAUGCCCAUUCAACGCUACACAUUUGAUUCGACCCGAUAGAAUGGCAAAACAUUUAGAAAUAUGUGACGAUUAUCUAACUGCUAAAAUGGAGAAGUUCUACGCGGCCACAUCUAGUGAUGGCAUUUAGCUAGCAAUACAUGCAAUGCAAUAAUAAAGUUAGUUCUCGAUAUUUAUUUUUCAAAUGUGGAUUGAUUGGGGCAAACUCCACACCGUAUCCAUACAUACAUAUAUGUUUCCAAAUUAAUGCUACAAACAUACGUUAUUUCAUAGUGCCGAUGUUAUGAGAUAUCUGAAUAAAGUAAUCCUUGUAUAACAACUCA